AUGGGGGGUGCUGCUCGUGGCGUGUUGGUGCGCAGCCAGCAGCGGGCACUGGUGACAGCGGCGACGGCGAGAACCGGGGUCGUGCUGGCGCGGCGUGCGGCUGCUCCUGUGACGGCAGCAGCAGUGCGGUUUGAUGAGCAGACAGUGACAGGGUUCAGUGGGGUCGCGGCAACGGUUGCAACGAGGGCGUCCUCAUCCCUGUGCACAUGCUUGGCAGUUGCCAGGCCGUCGUCAUCACCAUGGUCGUCGUCAUCAUCGUUGCUGCCACUGUACAAAGAGCCUGCGGUGUUGGCGUCGGCUCGGCGAUAUGCCUCAAAGAAGGCCGGCAACAAAAAGAAGAAGAAGGCUGGUGCCAGCGACGGUCCACCCGGUCGGAGUAAGAAGCGUCAGAUGUUGUUGGAGAAGAGACAAGCUGCUGCACAGGCACAGGCCGAACGCCAGCAAACCAGCAAGCCGGAGAAGGCAAAGGACUUUUCGCCAAAGGCUCUCAAGUGCGAUGUGCUGACCGCUGUUGAGCGGGAGGAGAUGUAUCUCCGCACCCAGGAUAACCCCAUUCCCGAAUUUUACCCCGGCAGCAUCCUGCGCGUCACAUACUACGAAGCCCUCAGCCGCAACACACCCAAACGCAUGGUUGGCCUGUGCAUUGGGCGGCGCAACGCCAAGCUCGGGUCUGUCUUCACCAUCCGCAACGUGGACGAAGGCGUUGCCUUUGAGGCCAAGUUUGACCUGUACUCGCCGCUCAUUGCCAAGAUUGAGGUGCUUGAGCUCGCCCGCCGCCGCCGUGCAAAGCUCUACUAUCUUCGCGACCGCCCAGAUAAGGAGUCGUACGUGAGCCCGUCGUUCCAGCCGAUUCCGCCGCCAAAGGACGGCUCUGUGCCCAUCAAGAUUGCGGACCCGCUCAGGCGCAGGGCAAACUGA